CUCGCCGCUGUCACCGUUUGUUUACAUCCGUGCUGUCCGUUCGCGGUCUCUGCCACUUUCGAGAAAAAAUUGGCUUUUUGUUGAAUUUCGCAUGAAAAAUGUCCAUCUUCAAGCUGCGAGCGUACCUUCGUGUGCCGGCUGUGCCUGAAGCCGGAACAGCACCGGAAGAUGACGUCGCUGGACACCGAGGACGAGUGCUUCGAGGGGGGAACGCUGGAAGACUUUCUGGCCACGAUCACGUUCCAGGUUGAGGAGGAAAAGCGCCAUCUCUUCCCACGGUCGGUCUGUCCCCAGUGCAAGGAACUGCUCCAAAUGUUUGGCCGCUUUCGCACCAAAGUCCGCCACCUGCACCUGUUUAUGAACGCACUGGUUGAGCUGCGAGACUUCAACACGGCACCGAUUAAGGAGCUAUGCAGGACGAAACUAGGCAUGGUCCGGACGAUGCUCGCCGAGUUGGACCUGUGCCACACGGUUGGCUUCUUUGCGCAAGAUUUGAUUGAUGAAUUUCCCCACUGCAAAAUUGCUAAACUUCCGGCCACUAUGGUGCAGAGUUGUCCUGGUGAGAUUGUUCAAAUCAAAGUCGAAGAAGAUGAACCGCUAGGCGUUGAAGUGUUUAAUGCGUUGGAAAAACCGGAGGAGGAUGAUAUUUUCGCUGAGGAAUGCUCACCGGAAGAAUUAGCUGAGCUGACUAAAGAAAUAGUUGCUGAUGAAAAUGUGACAUCCGAAGAAAUUAUGCAAGAUGAUGUUGAACAGGAGCAGGAGCCUGACCAAGUUGAUGUUGAACAGGAGCAGGAACCUGACCCUGAUGUAAGGUGGGAGUGUUUUGAUGAUAGCGACGAAGAAGUAGAGUUUCCCAACAAACCAACAAAGAGAGAGUUGAGAGCGUUGAAAGCGUCAGAAAGGAAAAAAGCAAUGGAAAAGGGCGACAUGUGGGACCUUCUCAACGAAAACGAACCAGCAGUGGAACUCACACUGGAAAGAGUGGGCGAUUUGGAUGCGGCACUAGCCAACAGAAAGUACGGUACUGCGAAAGCAAAAGAGCCGCUGCAGUGUCCCAAGUGUCCGUAUACAACCAUCUUCAAGUCGAAUUUUUACUCACAUCAGCUGACCCAUCUGAGGCGUGAAAACAAGACUUACCCGUGCAAGGAGCCUGAUUGUACGAAAACGUGCGCGUCACUACGGCUGUUACAAUCCCACAUGGAAUCACACUCAUCGGUUAUCUGCGAGACCUGCGGCGAAAGGAUGCCUACCACUACCAGAUUGAAGGAACAUGUCCUACGUUAUCACAGUAACGAGCGCAUCACCUGCGAGUACUGCCAGCGAACUUUCAAGACAAAAUGUGAUCUGCGAAACCAUGUCAAAAAUAUACACCUGUCGGACAGCGUGUUCAAGUGUGAGACGUGUGGGAUGGAGUUUCGUCGAAAAACUAUUCUUAAAUCGCACGAAGCCAGGCAUCGCGACGUUUACAACUUUCCGUGCCAGCAGUGUGAUAAAAAGUUCAAGAUAAAAAACUUACUGCAAAAGCACAUUGCUACAGUACAUAACGAGGCGUCGCUUGAGUGCGAACACUGUUUCAAGAUGUUCCACCGAAGAGCCUUGCUGAUGGACCACAUCGAGACCAAGCAUAAGAUUCAGAUGCGCUUCGUCUGUGAUGUGUGCGUGGCCAUAUUCUACACCCAGGACGAUCUGGUGACCCACAAGGCUCGUCACGAAAAUCCCAAAAAUCUCGAGUGUGGCCUAUGUUUGAUAGUGUUUCCCGCGCAGGAACAAAUGCAAGAUCAUUUGUGCAUCACGUACAGGGACGAUUACACCUGCUGCAAGCGAGAUUGGCGACAGCAUCAGCAAUACAACCGGCACAUGUUCCUCAAGCAUGGAGUCAAGAUAAACGCCCGGGUUAAGCCGGAUCCGCACCUUUUGCAGGGCCAAGUUCGUGCCAAGAGAAAACGAGUUGAAAGUUGCUCCAAAUGUGAGGCCGUCUUCGCUACAAGAACACUGAAAAAGCAGCACCAGGAAACGUGUACUGCAGAAUUGAAUACCUAGAUUUCAGGUUGUGACUUAAUGAAUUAGUUUUGUGGUUCUUAGUAAUAAAAA